AGCAUCCAAAAUCAGCCGUUGAACCUUGAGGCCUGGGAAACUCAGGAGUUUUAAGAGCAAAAUGACAACACCCAGAAAUUCAGUAAAUGGGACUUUCCCAGCAGAGCCUAUGAAAGGCCCUAUUCCUGUACAACCUGUUCAAAAAGUAACCCUGAGGAGGCUGUCAUCCCUGGUGGGCCCCACGCAGAGCUUCUUCAUGAGGCAGUCUAAAGCUUUAGGGGCCGUCCAGAUCAUGAAUGGGCUCUUCCACAUUGCCCUGGGGGGCCUCCUGAUGAUCCCCACAGGGGAAUAUGCACCCAUCUGUGUGACUGUGUGGUACCCUCUCUGGGGAGGUGUUAUGUAUAUUAUUUCUGGAUCACUCGUGGCAGCAGCAGAGAAAAACUCCAGGAAGAGUUUGGUCAAAGGGAAAGUGAUAAUGAACUCACUGAGCCUCUUUGCUGCCAUUUCUGGAAUGAUUCUUUCUAUCUUGGACAUACUUAAUAUUAAAAUCUCCCAUUUUUUAAAAAUGGAGAGUCAGAAUCUCAUUAAAACUCCCGUGCCAUAUAUUAACAUAUACAACUGUGAACCACUUAUGCCCUCUGAGAUAAGCUCUCCAUCCACGCAAUACUGUUACAACAUACGAACUGUGUUUUUGGGCACCUUGUCAGUGAUGCUCAUCUUCGCCUUCUUCCAGGAACUUGUGGUUGCGGGCAUUGUUGAGAAUGAAUGGAAAAGAAUGUGCUCCAGACCCAAAGCUAACGUGGUUCUCCUGUCAGCUGAAGAAAAAAAAGAACAAGCCAUUGAAAUAAAAGAAGAAGUAGUUGAGCUAACUGAGAUAUCUUCCCAACCAAAGAAUGAAGAAGACAUUGAAAUUAUUCCAAUCCAAGAAGAAGAAGAAACAGAAGUAAAUUUCCCCGAACCUCCCCAAGAUCAGGAAUCCUCACCAGUAGAAAAUGACAUCUCCGCUUAA